AUGAAGCAACUCAUUGCUGGACUUGGAGCUGCUCUGGCAGCAGUCGCCUCAGCUGCCCCAGCCGAUAAUUAUGAACGGGCCACUGCUGCAACUCCUAAAGUCUACCUCGCCGGAGACUCAACGAUGGCUCGCGGCGGCGGUGGAGCACAAACACAAGGCUGGGGAGAGUACCUCGCAUACUCUCUCCAAGGCAUAACGGUUGUUAACGAUGCCAUCGCCGGCCGAUCUGCACGCUCCUACUCCGACGAAUCCCGCUUUACAAGCAUGGCAGACGUUGUUACUACUGGUGACUACGUAAUCGUCGAAUUCGGGCAUAACGACGGCGGUUCGCUCUCUGUGGACAACGGUCGCUCCGACUGUGUUGGCUCGGGUAGCGAAACAUGCACAACUGCGGCCGGGCUUGUAGUCCAAACAUACGUCACUUACCUCACGAACGCUGCCAAAGCAAUUAUCGCGAACGGCGCAAACGUUAUCAUCUCCUCCCCGACUCCGGAUAAUACGUGCGAAAGUGGGACUUGUACCUACAGCCCGAGUAGAUAUACGGGGUAUUGUAAAAUCGUUGUUCAGAAUGCCGGGGCGAAGGCGAGUUUUGUGGAUCACGGGCAGUAUGUUGCCAACGAGUUUGCCAAGUUGGGUGCGGAUGUUGUAAAUGGGUAUUAUCCGAUUGAUCAUACGCAUACCAGUCCUACUGGGGCGAAUGUUGUUGCUGCGCAGUUUGUGAAGGGUGUCCUGUGUGCGAAUGAUUCUUUCGCGACCCAUGUGAAAAAUACGACGGCGAGUAUUGAUGGAAAGUGUUUGUAG